GCUGCAUCUGGCAUGGCUGUGAGAGAUGAAUGUAAAUUGAAGUUUUUGGAGUUAAAAGCAAAGAGAAACUACAGAUUCAUCACUUUCAAGAUUGAAGAACAAGAAGUGGUGAUAGACAAAUUGGGAAAACCAGACUCAACGUAUGAGGAUUUCACUGGAUCUCUCCCUGCAGACGAGUGUCGCUAUGCUGUCUUUGAUUUCGAUUUCAUUACUGACGAGAAUUGCCAGAAAAGCAAGAUUUUUUUCAUUGCAUGGUCACCAGACAUAUCAAAGGUGAGAAGUAAAAUGGUGUAUGCAAGCUCCAAGGAUAGAUUCAAAAGAGAACUGGAUGGUAUUCAAUUUGAGUUGCAAGCAACGGAUCCAAGUGAGAUGAGCUUUGACAUUGUCAAGUCACGUGCAUUUUAGAU